ACAGUAUCACAAGCUAGCAACAGUGGCGUUAUUGCAUGUAUUGUGUGCGAAUGUUUGUGUUCGUUCAGUGAGCGUCGUUUGAUUAUAUCUUCUGUCAAAUGUAGCAACGAACGCGCGCAGUUGAACGUGAAAAUGGAUUUUGUGGAACAACGACAAGGACAACUUCUCUUUCACACCAAUUUCAUCGCUGCGACAGAGCCAUUAGCGUCGGCUGACACACACACACACAUUUCUAAGUCCAAUACAAUCUUCAAUUUUCACAGUGCAACCGAAUUAAGGCUCGAGAGUUAUUUGUUGGCCAAAAGUAAAUUUUCAGAAGAAAAACUGCGUUUCCAAAGAGAUUCAAUGGUGAAAAUGUCGGGCAAGGAGAAAAAGCAACGAAAAAAGAAAAUAAAAUGCUUUGCGGAUUUCGUUGACCAAGUGCCGAAAGUGAUAACGAAUUCCAAGUACGGCACCUCAUACGAACAACUGCAUUUCAUUGGCUCGGGAUCGUAUGGUAAAUGCUUCGAAGUGGUGAAAAUGUCAACGAAGGAGAGAUUUGCGUGCAAAAUCCUCAGCAAAGUAAUUAUUCAGGACGCUGAAUUUACCAGUUUGGUGCAAAACGAGAUUAGCAUUCACCGCAAACUACGUCAUCCACAUGUCGUUGAGUUUGUGAAAUCGUUCGAAGACGACAAAUUGAUCUACAUGAUUCAAGCGUUGUGUUCAAAUCACUCACUCCGUGAUUUGCACAAGUCUCGUGGCGUUGUGUCGGUUGGCGAGUGCCGCUAUUUCAUCAGUCAAAUAUUGAAAGGUGCACAGUACAUUCACGAGAACAAGUACAUUCAUCGUGAUCUAAAGCUGACAAACAUUCUCAUCGACAAAAACAUGCAAAUGAAGAUCUGCGAUUUUGGUUUGGCGAUUCAUAUGAACGAUCCACGGCUCGAUAAUAGAACCAUUUGCGGAACAACCAAUUAUCUAGCGCCAGAAGUUGUCGGUCGAAAGGGAUUUGCUUGCGUGUCGGACGUGUGGGCGAUUGGUGUAAUCACAUUCGUGCUGCUAUUUGGUUAUAAACCGUUUGAAGAGUGCGAUGCAUACGCCACUCAUCAACGCAUUCUGCGUGCUGAUUACGCAGUACCAUCCGACAGCAAUCCGGAGCUGAAGAUAUUUUUGAGAUCUGUAUUCCAAAAGGAAGUUGAAUGUCGAUCAAGUGCAGAGGAAUGUUUGAAAAUGGCAUUUUUCAAAAAGCACGACAUUCCACAAGCCUUGCCUUUUGAAGCAUUCUCACGAGUUUCGUAUACGGAAAGCAUCAAGCUACCAUCGUGCACUCAAAUAAAGGCAAUUGAUUUCUCGAAUUAUUCAGUGGUCAAUAAGACCGUAAACAUCGAAUAUCCAGUGAUUCAUGCUAAGGAAGGACCCAUUUUGAAAAAGUCAUACGAGCAUGCAAAAUAUGCAUAUGAAUUGGACAAAGUGUUCGAUCGACUCGACUCCGUGUGUCGCUAUCUUCAAAUUGACCCUGAACACAGCUUCAACGACCUCAGCGAGUUAGAUGAUUUUAAGCCGGAGUUUUGGAUUGCAAAAUGGUCAUUUGACCGAGCACGAGACAGUGGAUUUGCUUAUCAAAUGUCUGAUGGUUCGACGGGAAUACUAUUUCAUGAAGGUCUCAGGCUUAUGCGAACACCAGAUGGAAGCUGUUGGGCAUUGGAAUCGGGAAAUGAACGUUUUUGGCGAAUCCGUGGCGAAUUUUCGCGAUUGCAUCGAAAGCUAUCACAAUUCAACGAGUUUGAAAAUGCGAUGGAAAAGAACGGUAUCUUCGUGCCGGAAACGAUAUACAGCCAAAGAAGAACAACCUACCUCUACACAUGGCUACAAACCGAUUCAGCAGUGAUUAUGCUUUUGAGCAACAACACGAUUCAAAUCAACUUCACGCACACCCACAAAAAGGUCAUCGUUUCGAUGGAGAAACUGAAAGUCACAUUCGUCACCGGUCGAUUGGCCAGUGAAAAUUUUAAAACCGUGUCCAUUGGUGCUUUGGCCGAUCGAGGAUUCUCUCUACUCAGUUUGUCGAUGUUGAAAAGUGUGACGGCAGCAAUUGUGUAUUUGGCUGACCGACUCAGAGACGUAUAACCUCGAUUUUGUACUUUUCUUAACUCACAACGAGUAUGACGGUUUUUUUUCUCAAAUCAAUUGACGUAAUUAUCGUAUAUCAGUAUUAUUGACAUAAGUUUAUUGUUCUUGAAGUGUGAACUGAAUAUUGAAGGAAUUAGGAUAAGUUGUUGAAACAAGAUGAAGAAUAUUCUACUUUGAAUUAAUAUUCCUGUAGCGAAAUGGAAUAGAGAAAUACCCCGACUUUUGGUUGAAAUGAAUUUACCUCCAUUGGGAAAUAUCAAAAUGUUCGGAAUCAGAAAAUUGAAUCAUAGAAAAUGGACGAAAUAGUACUGAAUUUGUAUAUUAUUGAAAUCGUUCAGUUGGAAUAUAGUUCAUGAAAAUUGUUGACAAAUAAUCUUAAGAAGAUGAAAUGAUUUUGUAAUAAUUCUAAGGAAGAAAUUACUGAAAAGUAGGUAUAUCAAAAGAUUUGGUUUAGUAACAAUUGUGUACCAUUUGAAAAAUUGAAAAUUGAAUCUGUUGCAAAUAAAAAAUCAAUUCUAUCGAAA